AUGGUUUCUAACCCAGAGGCCGAAAGAAACGCGUCCAAGGAAAUCUCGGCCCUCGCGCCGGACAACUUCGCUUCUUCUGUUCAGACCAAUGCUACCACCAAAGGAAACCCAUCGCCAAAGAGCAACACCACAGGAAACUCGAACUCUUUUGACUCUAUUCUCACACAGAAUCCUGGACGAUUUGAUCAACUCCAACUGAUGACUGAAUUUGAAGAUGACGCCAAGUUGCAAGAAGAGUUCGAAGCUGAAUUUAACAAACGUAUGCUUGACUUGAUGCUCGAAUUCCGUGUCUGGGCUGAAUGUCGACCGACUCAUGAACGUGACACUCAUGGGGAACAAUUGGUCAAAGAGAUGGAGGAGAUUGAAGCACGAGAAAUUUCUCAGGGUAACUAUAUUGAUCCUCAUUCCGAUUUGUGGUACACAAUGCUCGCUUUGUCAGAACAGACUCGUCAAAAUCUGGUCAACUUCUUGGUGUCUAUCCGAUCCGCACUCUCGGCGCUUACCCGUGCCUGA